AUGCUCCCUGCUCGUCCAGACACCAGAUUCGGGAAAGAUAUCACGGCUCGCAAUCCCUACUUGAUAGACUUCGAGUUCUCGCAGAUACUCAAGCACAGGCCCGGAAGACAGCCCGCAAUAGAGCUUCCUCCCUCGCUCACUCCGAAGCCAGACGGUAUCUCUCGAUUGGAUCCAUACUCAUGGGACGUCUAUUGCUUUGGUUGGGUCAUGCGAGGCAUGGUGGAGAGGCACUUCCGUUAUAAAGGAAAAAUGCCCUGGUAUAUGCGCUGGUACCUCGGCUGGAUAAUAGGAGAGGCUGAACGAGGAUGUGAGGGCAUAUGCCACUGUCGGCCCACAGCAGCGCAUGCUCUUCGCGUGCUACAGGUCAUAGGGUGGUACGUCGGGAUACGCGAGACGAUCGAACGCGCAUUGGCUUGGUGCAAGCUGCGAUAG